AUGACCAGGGAAAUGGAUAUCUUGAACGCGGUGAUCCCAGGAUCGCGCAAGCCGAUUAGCUUGCCGUCUAGCAUGGCACCCUCGCCCGAGUCAGACGACUCUGGCCUGUCUAGCUCGCCCGCGAGCAGCCGCUCGAAUUACUCAUCGCUAUCUAAUGUACGAAGGAAACCACGAGUAACAUAUCAAUCGCCCUCAGCGACACAUCCUGCCGACCUGCGCAUCGAGCCGCGCUCCUCCCCUACCAAGUCAGAAGCCUACUCCUCCAGCAGCUCACACUCCAAACGCUCCGCUAAUACAUCAGACAAUCAGAAGAAGGACUCUAAGAAAGAUGACACGGGCAAAGACGCCAAGGAGAAAGCGAAGACCUCCAUGGGUCCGCCCCUGCCUCUCUACCACCCCCUUGGCAAGCUCGCGCUGUCCUUGGGGGAACUCGACCCAGAGCAGUUCGGCCUCCCGCGAACAGUCGUCGUCGACGACUCUGCGCGUCGCGCCUCGAACCGGACGCGUCGGCCCGUCGCGAAGCUGCGCGACGCCUCCGAGGACAAGCCGCCCAGCAAUACGGCGGCAUCCCCUCCCGAGGAACAUGACGCUAACCCCGCCGCCGUCGAGAAGGAUGUGGUGAAGGCGAGCCCGCGGAAGCGGCGCGGCGGGGGAGGAAAGAGGAAGAGGAAGGACGUGGACGACGGCGAUAGCGCCUACCCCGCAAAGAGGACGCGCAACCCUCGGUCUGCGGCUGUCGUCCCCGACGAAGAGCCGGUAGAGGAGCAGGCGGAGCCCGAGGAGGUUGUGGAGGAGAAGAAACCGGAGAGAAGGUCGCGCAGAACGAGGAAUACGGUCGGGAGGAGGAAUUCGAGCGACAGUGACGCCACUAACAUGUCCUCGCGCACACAGAAAGAGAAGAUGGACGUGGACAGUACGCCUGCUGCCGAGGAGAACAUGAAUGCGGCGGCGGCGGAAGGUGCGUUUGCACCUCCCACGCAGCAGAUGAAGGAAAGGAAAGAUGCCGGCAAGGAGCCGGCCCCCGAAGUCGCCGAGCCUGUUCAAGAUACUCCAGAGGAUAUCAAGCCUGACAUCGAGACAUCUGCUGUCGAAGAGAAGGCGCUGGAAAAGCAGGAAAAGGAGGAAGGCGAGCUCAGCGAGGAGCCCGAGGACAUCCCUCCGAAAGUCUAGUCCCUUCAAGUGUUUAUUGCAUAUUUCAAUCAUCGUCGGACACACUUCCUCCCCCCUCUCGCAUCCACGGAAACACAUCUUCAUCUCCCCCAGCCUCAUAUUGUCUCAUUAUUAUCUUAUCUCUCCUCUUGUGCCGAUCCCUUUCUUAUCGCUGUCAUUCGCCUGCUUGCGUGCUAUGUUUGUCUCACUUUUGCUUUGGUACAGAGGUCUGUCUGUUGUGCAAUCAUGUCCCAAUUGUAUAGUUUUCCUCGCCCCCGUCUCAUCUACCUAGUGUCUUAUC